ACCGAAAUAGAACGCACGAGCUAACGAGCUAGACUCGUUUUUGUUAUAAAUAUCGCCGAAUCAAUAACAAGAAUUUCCACACUCCUUUUCCUGAUCUCUUUCUUUCCUUCUUUGAUCUUUCUGAUCUUCCUUCUAGCUUGCGCCAUGGAUCCCGACAAGUACCGCCGCCCAAGUGCUUACAGUCCAAGCUUCUGGGCGACGAACGCUGAGGCUCCCGUUUUUAACAACGACUCAGCCGUAACCCACGUUGGACCCAUAGGUCCAAUUCUUCUUGAAGGAAAUCAUCCGGUUGAAAAACCUGCCAACUUUGAGACUAGGAAGUCUGUUGUCCGUGCUAGAGGACCCAGUCCGAAGUUAUUUGAGGAUACAACUUCUAUAGAAACAACAAGGCAUGGAGGAACCAUCACGUGGGAUAUUUAUUCAGAACAACAUGGACGUGUGCAGUUUGGGCCAACUCUUACCAGGCAAACUAGUCAGCAUUCGAUACCAACUUCUAAGCAAGAAAAUUGUAUAUCUAAGGGAGAGUUUGAUAAAAUGCGGGAUGAAAUAACCAAGUUGCAGGACUUAAUAAAAACCUCCAUGGAUGCACAGGUUAAGACUCACGCUUCAAGAAAAAAUCAAAUAGAUGAUGAAGAAGAUCAUGAAGAAUAUGAGGAAUUUGAAAAAGAUGAAGAAUAUGAGGAAUUUGAAGAAUAUGAAGAAUAUGAGGAAUUUGAAGAAUAUUAAGAAUAAGAAGAAUAUUAAGAAGAGGAAGAGUAUAGUAUUAAUAUAGUAUGGUAUUAUGACCUUAUCUAUAUUAUUGAAGUUAUUGGAGGUGUUAUUGACAUAUUAUCGAUCUUUCAAUGUUGUUCAUCGGAUGUUAUUAUUAUUUUUGGAAUAUAGCGAAGUAAACUUUUGUGUUUA